UCUUACUAGCUUUACAACGACUCUAACAAACAAUCAAUCCAUUCCUAACACCCCUAACUCGAGUAUUCUUGAUAAUUCAGAUAAAAGUAGUGUUCUUACAGAAACUUUGGAAAAUUUAACUGGAAAUGAAAAGAUUGUAUUAAAUGUUGGUGGAAUAAAGUAUGAAACUUAUAGGUCAACUUUAACAGCUUAUCCAACUACAUUACUUGGUUCUAUAUUUCUUUAUAAUGAUCAUCAAAAUCCUUUUUGGGAUCCAAAUCUUGAUGAAUUUUUUAUCGAUAGAGAUGGUCAUUUGUUUCAUUAUGUUAUGCAAUUCUAUCGAACUGGAAAAGUUCCUACCAUUGAUCAAGCAAUAGGAUUAAUUCCUUUAACAUCAGCUGAGUUAGAGGAUGAAUUGGAAUAUUUUAAAAUUCCUAUAUAUCCACCUUCUUCAUUCUCAUCAACAACUUUAUCUCCCAAUCAGCUAUCCUUACGUCACAAAAUGAUAGCUUCCGAAAUUGAUUCUUUUAUUCAAACUCUAACUUCUACUCUCUUAUCUAUAUCUUCUCAAUUCAAAAAAGAAUUUUUCUUUAAACGUAAUUUUCAAAUUUAUUUUGAAAUAAAUUUUCAUGAUAAUGAUCGAAUAACGGAUUUUAACAUAUCUCCAAAUGUUCCUACAACUUUGAAACAACAAUUACAAAAAGAAUUUGAUGGCUUUUCCUUAUUGGGUUACGCUAUUUUAGAAAAGUUUGGUGAAGAUAUUGGAAGAUAUAUGAUAAGUAAUGUUCAAGGUUGUACUUGGGAGUGUAAUAAAACUAAGGAUGUUGGAUGGGGUGGUGUACAUCAAAUAUAUAAAAUUAAGGUUGGUGUUGAGAAUAGUUUUGAACAUGGGGACGUGGUUGAGCAUUGUUGUUUGGCUAAUGUUGGUAGUG